AGUAAAUAUUUACUGUGUCAGUGUCAGCUGUCAAAAAAUAUUCAUCCAUAACAAUACAAAAAAAACUGUUAAUAACAAUUAAAAUUAAUAUUUUUUAAAAAUGUAAAUAAUUUUAGUUUAUUUUUUUAUAAUCUAAUGAUGAUGACGUUUAAAAAUAAACACAUUGCUCUUAUAAUAAUAUUAUUAUUUGGCUUACUACUUGCAAUAUUUGACAGUAUUAUUUGGUGUGCUAUCAUUUGUUCUCUAUUUAUUAUUGGUGAUAUUUGGGGAAUUAAAAUUAUUAAAUUAAUAGAUGACUGGAUUAAAAAUAAUGUAAAUAAAAACAUUGAUAAGCCUGAAGACAAUAAUAAAAAAUGUAAAGUUUGCAAUGAACAUUCAUGCAAUAGGCAUCGACCUUCUGGCUAUUUUGGAGAUGUCAAAGUUCCCAAGGAUUUCGAUUAUGCACUUAAAAAUCUGUUGGAAAAAUUACUAGACACGUAUGUUUGCACAUGGUACUCAUACAUAUCAACAGAAAAAAUAUUUGUACAUCACUUGAAGCAAAUAAUUGCAACGACAAUUAUAAAAAUAAUCACUAGACUAUUGUCUGUUGAUAUAUCAAAAAUAAUAUUUAAUAAUUUAAUACCAGUUGCUCUUGAACAUGCAAAAGACUGGAAAUUAAUGGUUGAAAAAUCAAAAUUAAAAGGUGGUAAACCAGAAGAUUAUGUGAUUGAUUGCAUUGGAAAUAAAAUACAUCCAGCAGCAUAUUCAAGACAAUCUGAGAUUGAUUAUUUAAGAAAAUUAGUAACUGCAUUAUUGCCAUUUGUAUUAUCAAGUACUUACAUUUCCACAAAUAACAAGGUGAUAUUGAGAGAAAUAUUGGCUAACUGGGUACUUUUGCCUGCAAUUGAUGCUCUAGCUGAUCCAAAUAACAUUAAUUUUUUAAUAGAACUAUGUACACAAUACGAAGGAACACUGUCAAAUGAAAUUGAUGCUAUCAGUGUGCCUGUUCUUGAUUCCUGGAUGUCACCAGUGGCUACAAAUAAAUCAUCAGACACAACAUUAAAGCCUUCACUUGAUGAAAUUCUUAAUAAUCCACAAUUAUUAUAUUUAUUUAUGCGACAUAUUAAAGAUAAAGGACCAGUUAAUCUUUUACAAUUUUGUCUUGAUAUUGAUGAUUUAAGUAAAAGAAUGUUAAAUCCAGAAAUGACACCAGAAAUUGAAGAAAUAUUAUUUACUGAUGCUAGUAAUAUUUAUUCAACGUACUUAAAACCUGAUGGUCUAGAAUAUCUUGAUCUUCCAGAUCACAUUUGUGAUGGUAUGAAAAAAAUACUUGAUGGUGGUGUUAAUAAAAUUCAAGAAUUACGUACAUCACGUCCACUUUAUCAAGCACAUCAAGAAGCACAUGGUUUGUUAGAAAAAUUAUGUCUAUCAUCAUUUCAUAAUAGCUAUGAAUUGUAUGAAUAUAUUUGUGGCUCAACAAUGCCAAUAAAUUCAACUACAUCAUCAAGUCAAAGUUCAACAAGUUCCAGUGGUGUUGGUGCACGUCUUGGUAAUCAAUUGGGCAAAAUACGUGGUGUUUUACGUUCAACAGCUGUUGAUGGAUCAAUAUUCGAAACAGAAAAUGUAUAUCAAGCUGAAGAAGUUGAUUGUACACCACGUACAUAUAAUGAUGCUAAUUUAAAUGAUAAUGAUGAUAAAGCUAAUCGUGAUUUAACAACAUGGAGAAUAACCAUACCGCAUGUUGAUACUAGUGAUGUGUGUCCACUGUAUAUUAUAUCAAUUGACAAUACAGCUAAUAAUAAAUCAUGGACUGUGUUACGUUGUGAUAAUGAUUUUUAUAAUUUACGUGGACGUUUGAUUGAAUUUCAUGGUGAUAAAGAAUUAAAUGAUUCAAUAUUACCAUCAAGAAAAAAUCAAAAUUUAUCAUUAACCACAAAUCGACAAAUUUAUCAAGAUUUUAUUCAAAACUUAUUAUGCAAAUUAACAUUAAAAAAUAGUGAAUUGUUGUAUAUAUUUUUAACAGUCACAAAUGUCAAGCCGUAUUUAACAAAUUAUAGUACAGAUAUUGGUGUACUUUAUCAAAGUGUUGCACAUAAAUUAAGAAAAGAAAAAGGACAGAAUUUGGAUAAAUUUAUGAAUACCUUUUUAUCAUCAGUUAUUAAUGUCAAGUAUGAACAACAUACUGAUGUUGGAGUUGACUUGACAAAUGACGAACAGCUUAAUGAUUUUACAAAAAUUAAAGAGAAGAAAUUUCUUCAAGAACCAUUUGGUAAUAAUUUAAAUAUCAAUCAUCAAAUUGAAAUAACUAAUUCAUUUGAUAAACAACAAGUUAGAGGAGCUUGUUUUUGUAUUGCUGAAGCUGUUGAAAGUUUGAUGGAUGUUCCUGAAUCAGCAUCAAGAAUCAUUUGGCUUGUGGCAUGUUUAAAUCGUUCAAGAUUUGAUUCAUUUUUAAAUAAAUAUCUUGAUGAUACACUUGUCAAGUUACUCAGCGGUGGGCGUGCAGCAAUUGUCAUUGAACUUUUACAAAAGGCAAUAUUCAAUGAAAAUAAUUCAUCGGAACCACAAUCAGUUUAUAUCAAAGAUGAAAAAUGUUAUCGUAAUGCUAAGCAAGGACUGUACAGCUUAUUGCCUUGGUGGACAUUUGGAUUGCUUGAUAAUUAUUGGAGAAAAUUAAUGAUCUCACUCUUUGAACCUCUUCAAAGUCCAACUCUAAAUAAACAUCUUGCUUAUGUACUUGUUGAUCAAGUUGUUGCUAAAAUAUUUCCAGAAUUAUUACAAAAUAAUUAAUCAUUUACAUUCACAUUUAAAAGCAUUUAUUAAUUUUAAAAUUUGUUAAAUUAUUCAUCAUUCAAUAGUAAAUUUAUCUGAAAUAAUCUGUAAAAAUUUGUAAAAAAAAAAAAAAUAUUUAUAAACUAUAACUGUAAAAAAAUUUGUACAUUAAAACAAAAAUUUUAUAUAAUUUGUUAAAUUAAAAAAUGCAAUUAAUUUAAAAAUUGAAAAGUCAUUUAUUUACAUAUUUCAUUUAUAUAUAUUUUAUAUUUUUCAAUAUCUAGUCAUUACAGAUUUGUUUGUUUUUUAUUAUUAUAUUUUGUUUGUUUUUUUCUAUAAAUAAUACAUUACAGCUUAUCUCGUUAGCGAGUAUACGUAUCUGUUAUUAAAAACGAAUCAGUCUUAUAAACGCAAACGACAAAAAAAAUUGAAAAAAAAAAAAGAAAAUAGC